GUAAUCUGAUGUCCAUGUAAGGUCAUGUUAGGUUUAAUCUGUGGUCAAUGGAUUCAGUACGUUUAAUCUGUAGUCAAUGGGAUAGUCAGUGGUCAAUAGGCUUAAUCUGUGGUCAAUGGGUUUAGUUGGCGGUCAGUAGGUUUAAUCUGUGGUCAAUGGGUUUAGUUGGCGGUCAACAGUUACAAAACUAAAAAGUCAGUUCAAACAUUGUGAUGUCUGUCUCUCUCUAUCUCUCCCUCCAGAGGAACUGUCUGCUCUUAGGUGGAAACCUGGCUUCAGUACACGGACCUCACCAGUAUCAUUUCCUUCUGUCCGUCAUUGAGAAGAGCGGCAAGAAAGACCAGCAAACCUGGGUUGGAGGGAACGAUGCCGUCCAGGAGGGGGUUUGGUUGUGGAGUGACGGUUCCAAGUUUUCAUACCAGAACUGGAGUCGGGGGCAGCCCUCUAAUUUCAACAACAGGGAGAACUGCAUGGAGAUUAACUAUGGAGCUGACCGUGGCAAGAAUGACGCUGCCUGUUGGCAUAAGUUCCCUUUCCUGUGUUCCAGAAAGCUGUGAUUUCUACAAUUUGGUAGAUAAGACCUUGAAGAGGCUUUCAGGAUGUGGGAUAAUUUUCAAUAAAGCCACAAUC